UGUCACUGGAUACUACUACUCCCAGCCCUCCUCAAAGCAGCCGGAGCAAUCCCCCGGUCUUUAAUUUACGAGUAGCAAUUUGACUUGCUCUGCUGCAUGUCAGGUGGGACCGUGGAAAGUGUGGAGACGCCCCGGGGAUUAAGCGAUAGCAGCUUAAGAAGAAAAAAAGCCAAACAAAUAAACAAAACCCACCCGCCCUAACAAACAUGAGGCUACUGGAGAGAAUGAGGAAAGAAUGGUUCAUGAUUGGAAUAGUAUUGGCGAUCGCCGGAGCAAAGCUGGAGCCGUCCAUAGGGGUGAAUGGGGGACCACUGAUGCCAGAAAUAACUGUCUCCUACAUUGCUGUCGCAACAAUAUUCUUUAACAGUGGAUUAUCAUUAAAUACGGAGGAGCUGACAAGUGCUUUGGUGCAUAUAAAACUACAUCUUUUCAUUCAGAUCUUUACACUUGCAUUCUUCCCAGCAGCAAUAUGGCUUUUUCUUCAGCUUUUGUCAAUCACACCCAUCAAUGAAUGGCUUUUAAAAGGGUUGCAGACAGUAGGUUGCAUGCCUCCCCCUGUGUCUUCUGCAGUGAUUUUAACCAAGGCAGUUGGUGGAAACGAGGCAGCUGCAAUAUUUAAUUCAGCCUUUGGAAGUUUUUUGGGCAUCGUUGUAACACCCCUGCUACUGCUGCUUUUUCUUGGCUCCUCCUCUUCUGUGCCUUUUACAUCUAUUUUUUCUCAGCUUUUUAUGACCGUUGUGGUUCCCCUCAUUAUUGGACAGAUUGUCCGAAGAUACAUCAAGGACUGGCUUGAAAGAAAGAAGCCUCCUUUUGGUGCUGUCAGCAGUAGUGUGCUCCUCAUGAUCAUCUACACAACCUUCUGCGACACGUUCUCGAACCCAAAUAUCGACCUGGAUAAAUUCAGUCUUAUUCUCAUACUGUUCAUAAUCUGUUCCAUUCAGCUGAGUUUUAUGCUUUUAACAUUCAUCUUUUCAACGAGGAAUAAUUCAGGUUUCACACCAGCAGAUACUGUGGCUGUCAUGUUCUGUUCUACACACAAAUCCCUCACAUUAGGGAUUCCAAUGCUGAAGAUCGUGUUUGCGGGCCAUGAGUACCUCUCUUUAAUAUCCGUCCCCUUGCUGAUCUACCACCCGGUGCAGAUCCUUCUGGGAAGUGUGUUGGUGCCAACAAUAAAGUCUUGGAUGGUGUCAAGGCAGAAGGGAGUGAAGUUGACGAGGCCAACAGUAUAAGGAAGGAGGUGGUCUUUCCACAGCGAUGUAUAUACGUACAGGGUUGUACAUACAAACAGUUCUGAAGACGUGUAUUUGUGAACGUUGCUUCAAUGCAUAUUUUAUUUUUUUACACAAAAAAUAUGACAUAACUGUUUAAGUGCCUUAAAAUGGAUUUAACGAGAGCGUUAUUUCCAAAACCUACUUUGUUGGUUACUGCCAGGGGUGGUUCAGUAUUUUGGAGUUGUUCUUUUUUUUUUUUUUUUUUUCCUA